AAAUAAAACAAAACGAAAUGUCAAUGACGUCACGUUGGCGACAGUCGCGUUCUCAUUAUUUUUGUUUCGCAAUUUUUAGAAUAUCUGGGUUAUUUUAGCGCACGGUGUGCAAAACCAAACGGAAACCGGAAUAAUUAACGAAAACAUGGACAACCAGUACUAUUACAAGCUGAUGGCGAGUUAUCUGUCCAAACGGAACUGCGACGAGUCGUUUAUGAGGUACUUCUUUGGGAAAACUUCGACAAAGAAGACGCCCGAGGAAUUGGAGCGGGCGGACGAGCGCAAACGGCGGCUGCAGCGGGAGCGCUCGCGGCGUUACCGCGCGCUCAAGAACGCGAGACGGCAGAACGAGGGAAGCGAAGAGGCGGCCUGGUUGAAGCAGCGCGCACCGCCCGACGACGAACCGAGCGACACGGACGAGCCGCCGACGCUGUGCGACCUGUCGUACGAGCCGGGCUCGUCGGACUGCGCGUCGGACGACAACUCGGCGCACUCGGCGGCCAGCGAGCCCGCCGCCGCGCCGCCCGCGCUCAGCCUGCGCGAGCUGCUGGCGCAGCCCAACGCCGAGCUGGACUACCCCACCGUGCACAGCCUCAUGUUCCACUGGCUGCAGACGUAACCGCCCCCUCGCCCGCGCCCGCUCCGCUCCACUCAAACCACCCUACAUACUGAACACAAAGGAAACGAGCGGAGUGUGGUAGUGACACAUAUCAAUGCUUCAAUAGUUCACACGAGAAGACCGAGCCGUCCUGUUAAUUUUACUUAUUAGAGUAUAUAAUAACUUUGUCAUUAGCUUUUAGUCGCUCCCACGCAGCGAGGUGCUGCUCCUGUGGGAUUGGAUUGUGUCAAAUUAUCCUGAAGGGAGCAGCUUUGUGGUAUAAUAUGAUGAGAUUUCAUGUAAUCACCCAAUCAAUUUGCACUGAAUAAUUUAGUAAUUAGACAAUGUUGAGGUUGGGUAAGUAGGAGCAGAAUGUUGUGAAAAUUGUGACUGGUAGAGUGGUGUUGGGUGGUUACGUGAGAAGCACUGCUGGUGCCACUAGUUGUAGAAUAUUCCAUUAGACAAUAAGUUGUUAUAAGUUGCCAUAUCCUAUUACUUAGAUACUCAACUAUUAUAUAUGAUAUAGAGAAGUAUAUAGUUACUAUAUACCUAUAGUUUGUGAUAUGAAUGAAUUUACAAUUUGUGUGAAAUCUACAAUGUUAGCUAGUAUGGUAAUGUUAGGAGGGAGUCUGGACUCCGAGCACAUUCCUCGAGACAGCCUCGGUUGGUCAAGCUUGAGUCACAUUGGCAACAAGUACAUAUCUUACAACUUCAGUCCAUGAAUGUAGUAUUUUACACUGGACAAUAAUGCAUAAUAUUACUAUUGUCUGUAGUACCCCACUUACAGCUUGUAAGUUUUACUUGUCUAAUGUAGGUUUUCUUUGAAUGAGAUAUUCAUAUUCGCCAACUGCAGCUGCUAAUACAAGUAGCUAAGUAAAACGUACAUGAGGUAGUGGGCAUUAGUUAGUGUAGUGCAGGGGUCUCCAAACUUAUUUUUCCUAAGGGGUGUAACUCUGCUUUUUAGGCAGCUGUUUAGUGUUGGUUAAGACUCCUUUAAGUUCUCUGUUUACGGCUCAACUCAGACUCAUAUAAUUAAGUGGAAACCCAAGUUCUUUUCAACUUGGUAGAGACCAUCCUGUAGAGACAGUCCUUUUCAAAGAAUUCUCUUUUUUUUUGUACAAAAGAAUUAAAAAUGCAUUGUCUUAAUUAAAAAUUUUACGAGUUAGGUGCACCAUACAAUAAUGCCUGUUUUUUACUGCUACAAGUAUUUAGAUAAAACCUACAAAAUCGUGGAUGGAGUCUGGAGGCUGAGUCCUUUUGAGUGGUGCUUAAGGGUCAAUAAAGGUCUCGAUUCAGGGCUUAAAAUACUUGGAAGUUUUUUUAGCAGUCUUGUAAAAACGAAUUGAGUUCUUCUAAUUUAGACUGGAAAGAGUGGAGUACCUACCAACACUACAACUGGUCUCAGGCCAGCCCUUAGGCGCUCAUGCUUUCGAUAUAACAAGCCGUAGUCUGGAGACCCUAGUAUAGUGUAAGCUGUUGCGACUAACCCAGCGCUUGCUCCCAUGCAUUUAACGCACGCUUCUCAGUAGCUCUCUUUAAUAAUAAGUUAGUUUGGUUAAGUUUCUUGGUUGCUUUACAGCUAGGCCUGUUAGUAUUUAUUUCCAUUUCAUGUCUGAAAAUUUUGUAUUGUAAGACUUUUUUAUUAUAAUAAGCUUUUAACCUGCAUGCUAGUAUACUCUGUUGCAUUAUCAAUUAAUCAGUUUUUUAGCAUCUCUAGACAAGAGAUUUGCUGCUGUACUUUUUAAAAAUACUUGCCUUUUGUCACUCAAUUGGUCCAUUUGAGUCUUGAGCUGCACAGAUAAUAUUGUGAUAUCUAAACAGAGCACAAGAUGAAACAAUAGAACAAUACUGAGGAAAUAUCCUAAAAAUGUAAUAAUCGGAUAGACCAGAAUACACGACAGUUUGAGCUUAGUUGUAAGUAGGCGACAGCGUGGCUGGGGUGGCCGCUGUGGCACCUUUACUAUGUUAAAUUAAGCACCCAUAAGUGAUUCGUGCACUAAAGCGGGGUUUUCCCACCUGUUACCACUGGGAUUAUUUCUUAUCGGUUACUAGUGGGUACACCUAAAAAAAACGGUUACCAGUGGAUCAUUGAUAUCAACUUGUGGUAACAGGUGAUUUUUAUUUACUUUCAACUUCUGUUAGAGUCAGACCAAGAUAAGUUGACAGCGAUUUUGAUAGCCAAGCACAGGCAAGUAAUCGUCAUAAUUUCAUAAAUGUUUGACGUUGAAAAUAACAAUGGCACUGUCUGGGCUAUCAAAAUCGCUGCCAACUUAUCUUGGUCCGACUGUAUUAUCACUGAUAUCAAAUCCAUAAAUGUUGUAAGUAAAUGACAAUGCAAAAUUACUGUCGUAGAGCUGCUCAGAUCUUAGCCAUAAAGAGGCCAUAUUUAGAUGUUUUUUGUAGAUCUGCUGCUGGUUAUAGCCGCGGCCGGCCGCCAGGCGGCGCUAGUUGCCUUCACGAAUAUUUUAGUUUGUAACUAACAUGUAGGUACUGUAAGGUAGUGCCAUAUUAAAGAGCUUCCUAUUUUUAA